AGUUAAUAAUUGUAUAAGAAUAUUAUAUAAAAGAGGAUUUAAUUUACCUAUUAUAUACUCUAUUAAUUAAUUUUAUUUACACGAUGUUCCAAGAGAAUAUUACACUCUGUACAUGAAGUUCCAUCUACAUACACUUGAUAAGGACAAUAAACCACGUGCAGACGAUAGUUUUAUGAUUCGCGUGUGAAUUACUUUACAAUAAAUUGAUAAAUAAUAAUUAUACUUUCAUGAUUAAAUAAAGAUUAUUGUGCAUAGUCAAUAAAAAUUAAUAUCAUUUUGUAUUAUAAUACUUUUUAUUACGAAAGACCUAAUUUCUAGUAGGACCUCAAUACUGACACACUUGCUAUAGAAUGUCCUUCCCAAGUAAAGUAGAACGUGCAAAAUGUUGGUCUCAUAGAGAUGAAUACUGGAAGUGCCUUGACGAUGGUAAAACAGAAGCUGAAUGUAAACAAUUUAGAGACCAAUAUGAAAAAUUUUGCCCUGCAUUAUGGGUAAAACACUUUGAUCGUAAGAGAGAGUACAUGAAAUUCAAAGAGCAAUUAGAAAAAGAGGGGACAUGUAGGCUUGAUGGAAGUAAAGCAGACACAUCUGAGUCGACUGCACAAUCGUCAAAAGCAGUUUUUAACUUUCAAACGACAAAUACAAACUCGUACAAUUAAAGAACAAGAGUAUAUAUAUAUAUAUAUAUAUAUAUA